AUGGCGGACGGAGUGGAUCAUAUAGAUAUAUACGCGGACGUAGGCGAAGAGUUCAACCAGGAAGCAGAAUACGGUGCACAUGAGCAGAUUGAGCUUUAUGAGGAUGUCAUCUCUCCAUCUGCAAAUAAUGGAGAUGCACCUGAAGACAGAGACUACAUGGAUAAUCUAGCAGCGUCGGUUUCAGAUGAUGUGGUAAAAGGAUCAUCUACAAAUGCAGCAUUUUCUUAUCCUGGAAAAAGGAUAGCACUGUACAUAGGAAAUUUAACAUGGUGGACAACAGAUGAAGAUUUGACUGAUGCUGUUCACUCUUUGGGUGUUAAUGAUAUUUUGGAAAUAAAAUUCUAUGAGAAUCGGGCUAAUGGCCAAUCAAAAGGGUUUGCAUUAAUAUGUGUUGGCUCAGAGUCUUCCUCUAAGAAACUCAUGGAUUUGUUGCCAAAAAGAGAGCUACAUGGGCAGAAUCCUGCUGUAACCCCUUGCAAUAAGCAGUUCCUUUCUCAAUUUGAAUCACAGUCAAGAAAAACAGCUACACAGGCUGGCCAAAUGUCCGGAGAAGGAAAAGCUGGACCGCCUGGUAUCAAUGCUCGCUUACCAUUUCCACCGGGUGGCAGAGGCAGGGGCCGGUUCCCAACCUCCGGUCCCGGUGACAGAUUUCCAGGACCUACUGGAUGGACCUGGGGGACCACCUCCACCUUUUGCAGGUAUGACUCCUCCAAGACCACCUAUGUGUCCACCAGGCCCACCAGGACCCCCUGGUCCUCCUCCUCCAGGACAGCCACUUCCUCCACCUUUAACUGGACCCCCAAAUCGUGGUGAACGUCCACCACCCCCCAGUUUUAUUUCCUGGACAGCCAUAUGGUCAACCACCGCUAGUUCCUUUGCCACCUGGCCCCCCUCCUCCUGUAUAUGGGCCUCCACCUGGGCCCCCGCCUCCUCAACAAGGUCCACCACCACCCCCUGGUCCAUUUCCUCCUCGUCCUCCAGGGCCUCCUAUGGCUCUUGGACCACCUCCACAUUUGCCAGGUCCACCCCCUGGAGGUCCCCCACCAGCUCCGCAUGUAAAUCCUAAUUUCUUUCCUCCACCUGGUAAUGCUGGUAUGCCUACUUCAGAUAGCCGUGGCCCACCACCUUCGGAUCCAUAUGGUCGGCCACCUCCAUACGACCGGGGAGAUUAUGGGCCACCUGGAAGGGAUAUGGAUGCUGUGAGGACACCUUUAAGUGAAGCAGAAUUUGAGGAAAUCAUGAACCGCAACAGGGCAAUUUCUAGCAGUGCAAUUUCCAGAGCAGUUUCUGAUGCCAGUGCUGGCGAUUAUGGAAGUGCUAUUGAAACUUUGGUGACAGCUAUUUCUUUAAUUAAACAGUCCAAAGUAUCAGCUGAUGAUCGUUGCAAAGUACUCAUCAGUUCUCUGCAGGACUGUCUUCAUGGAAUUGAAUCAAAGUCUUAUGGUUCAGGGUCUAGAAGACGUGAGCGUUCAAGAGAAAGGGACCACAGUAGGUCACGAGAAAAAAGCAGGCGUCACAAAUCUCGCAGCCGAGAUCGCCAUGAUGACUAUUACCGGGAAAGAAGUCGCGAACGUGAGAGGCAUCGUGAUCGGGAACGGGAUCGUGACAGGGAAAGAGACAGAGAGAGA